AUGGGUAAAAAAGGAAACGAACGCCAUAAUCUGGACGAAGAUGCAUUUAUCCUCGAAGAAGGAUCUAGCCAACAUUAUGCACGAUCCCUUGGACCUCGCGGAAAUCAUCAACAUGAAGUAGAAUUUGCAGAUGGCACACAGAAGUUGGUUGUCCUCCCUCCGCGAUUCCGCAAUACCAUCUGGGUGAAGCGAGACCCCAUGGUAGGAACUACUUCUGACAAAGUUGGUGGUGAAAUUGUACAAGUUUUGUUUCCAAAACAUAUCAAGAUGCUGAAACAAGCUGGAAAAUGGCCUGGUACAUUUGAUCGUAAGGAUGAACAAGCCAAAGAGGAUGAUGAUGAAGAAGAGGAAGAGGAAGACGCCAGUGACGAUGAUUUGUUUGUGAACAACAACAGACCUGUUAUGUCCGGCACUGAGAGUGAGGAGAGUAGCGAUGAAGAAGAUGAUCGGUAA